AUGAUAUUAGCGGCAGAGCAACUGUUUUUGGCGCAAAGCGACGGCGCGUGCCUCGGGUGGUGUGAAGUGCGCAGAAACAGCCGUUUCGAGCAUUUGUCUCCAAACUCAACGUCUAAUUGCACCGGCUUCUUUGAACAAAAAGGAUCGUGCGCGAAAUCCUUUUGAACGUCGAAGUAAAUAUUCUUACACCCACAAAUUUCGUAAAAUAUGACGUUUUGGUUCACAAAGAAGUGGCGCAAAGCACCAUACUCUUUUACAAGAAAUUUUAUUAUUUUUUUAAUAAUCAAGAUUAUUUGUCCAUUCAAAAAAACAUUCAAGCAUUUGAGGCAUAGGAACCAGGCUACUUAUAUUUUCAUAGCUGCAAGCCAAAAAAAGUUUAAAUGAAAUUCACAUUUAAAUUUUUUUGAAAAAAAUUUUUCCCGAUAAUGACAUCAGUAUUGUGAAUUUUUUUCAGAAGGAAAAACAUUGAAACUGUAAUUCAAAAAUCCGUUCCGGCUUCGAUAUACGAAUUUUCUUCCGCAUUAGUCUAAUUUAACUUGUGAUUUCAGAUUUCGAAAAUUCACAAAAUACAAAUUUAUACGAGCACUGAGGCGUGGCGGAAUUUUCAAUUAAAAGCCCCGAGGCGAGUGGAGAGACGACGGCAGCGAAUAAUCGCUCCUUAAAUGGAUAUACGGUAGGUCUCGAGGGGCGUCAGCGAGUGAGAAGCCGUUUAUCAUCAUGAUGCGCGGCUGCUCGUCUCAGGCCUUCGGAAUGCUUGUCCGAGUCCAAUUUGCCAAUUCAUUUGGACGGCCAAUGCAACGUUUUGUUUUGCCUUUUCUCGGGUUACGGUGGCUUUUUUUGGUCGGAGUAAGGAUCCCGAGAACGCCUUGAAUGGAAAUAGGUCUGCAGCAAAACUUGAGAUUUUCAGCUUUGUCUGAUAAUGUCCCCGGACAGCGCAAAUCGGAUAGCACCGCUCAAAAUUCAGUCGGAAAACCGCUGCGCAGCUGCUACGCGUGAAAGCGAUCUCCAGUUCGUCCAUGAACUUCCAAGUCAGUGAGAAUUGGAAUACAUCAACAAAAACAAAUGAGAGCAAAAAAAUGAAAAAUGCAAAACUUUUUUUGAUACUUUGAUUCUAUUUUUUUUUACUUGUUGCGGACUUUCACUUUGAAUAAUUUCUCAGAGUCUUUAUUUUUGCCCAUUUCAUUUUUUUGCCAUCCAAAAAAAUGGACUAAAAACUUUUGAACCACGCAAUAGUCUUUUUCAAUUUGAAAAACUUUGACUUUUUUUAUGUAGAUUUAUCUUAGAAUGAGAAUAAAAAAAUUAGAUUUUUUUAUUUUUUUCAAGUAAAAAUCUGAAAAAGAGAAAAACAUGGCACCUUGCCUUGCUUUUUGAAUUGAAGAGACUGGUUUUUUCUGGUUUUUUUGUCAAAAGAAAACGUAAAAAAAGUAGAGAAAAGUAGGCCAGCUGGUGGAGCAGUGGAGAAUCUGAGGAAACUAAUGAUGCGAAAGGCUAAUGCAAAAAGCUCAAGAAUAUUCGGAAUAGGAAGAACUAUUUAUGGGCGGCCGGAGCAUCCGCCCAAUUUCCGCGUCGUCCAUCCAUCGAGCAUUUUGGCGCUUUCUUUCAGUUCUCGCGACACUCUUUAUCACCUUCCACCAGCUCCUUCAUUUUUCUCUGUUGUUUUUCAUUAGAGUGGGAAUUGGUUGAUUGAUUCUGAAAACGAAUAGGCCGAACGCUCUGAACUUGUGUCUGUCAAAGUCAUUUUUGCCAAUGAAACUGUCAAACUAUCAUACUUCGUAAUUCCGCAAAACCAUAAAAGCGUCACAUGAGAUCGAAUAACUAAUUUUUCUUUAAGUUUUCUAUGAGUUCGUUUCGAAAAAAAUUUCUGUCUUUUCUAAAAAGAGUUCAAAAUUUUGUUUAUUUACUGAAACGAACUAGAGAAUGGUCACAUUUUUUUGAUUGAGACGUAGUCACAGUUUUCACUCAAUCUAUCCACGUGGUUUGUGUGAAAAAAAAGUCUUUGACUUUGAAAGUCUAAAAAUUAAUGUUUUUUGUAAGCGGAAAUCUCAACUCCAAUAAGAACUUGACGUAGAAAAAAAAGAUGAGAAUAGAUUAUUUGAACGUAGCGUAACGUUUCCGCGACUGCCUAACGUGUUUUUUCUUUUUGUCAUUUUUCAUCGUCGCCGGCUGUUCUCGUGGGCUCAGAGAAUGCCGGACGGUCGCUUCUUUUUCGAUUUCGGCAAGUCUCUCUUUUUAUCUUUUUUCUUUUUUUUCUCUUUUCUCUUUUCGAUUUUUUUUUCGACAUGAUUUUUUGUAAGCGAAGCUUAACACUGGGAUAGCAACCUUGAAGUUGGAAGAUAUGACAGUAAUCUUCAUGAAAUACAGGGAGAAAUGCUCCGGAACCACUGAAAUCGCACUCCACGGCGAACUUUUUGGAAGCAAAAAGAAAAAAAUGAUAGUUGUUGACAAAAUGACAAAAGUUUACAUUUUUUUAGAUAAAUAGAGCAAAAAUAUCUGCAUUGAUUCUCAUUAAGACACGAUAAGAAACUUGAAAUCGAACUAUCAGGUUCAGAUUUUUUUUAUAAACUAUAUUACUGCGUAAAAGUUGGAGGUUAGAACGAAUGCGAAAGAAAAGAAGCACAAGUAAGUUUAAGAUCACGAAAAAGCAACUUUCAAAUGAACCGUGGAGAGCAAAGUUCAGAAAGUCAGAGCCUGUGACGGUUUUUUGGUCUAGACUAUUCUGUCAAACUCUUUCUAACUUAUCUCGGUUAAUCGGGGAAAAUCAGAUAUUUCGUCAAGAUAUACGGUAGAUAGGCACGGCAAUCUUUUAACUGCCUAAGGGUCGAAGCAUGUCAACGUAAAUUGCCAAUUAUGGAGUCGUUGGCACGUGUUCUGGAGGAGGGUGCAGAGCGGGAGACGGUGGGCGUGACGGAGAAGCGAGCCUCGUUCCUCACGCUCCGCCUACUUUUUGUUGCCUCCAUGACCGUGUCUCAUUUUACACACGCUGAGAAUUCACUUAUAUCUGCACCUCGUAUCUUUGAUUAUCAGCUGUGAUUCGAAGCCGCCCCGUCGUCGGCUCUUAUCUGUCCAGAUGACAGGCCGUGAUAAGCCUGAGGGUGUCCCCAGGUCUUAUCGGCCUUCCGCAUCUAAUCAGCUUUCAAAACAAACGCGAGUAAUUGCCCCGGCAGCUUAUCUUCAUUUUUUGAUUUUUUAAGACAAAUGCUAGAUCUCAUCAGGGCCAAUGAUCAUCCUAUACUUUGGACUUACUUUUUUUUUCCAUUUCAGACUUGUUUUUCUCGAUUAAAACUCUCGGUACUUGAAUUUUUGUUUAUUGUUUGCGAUUUUGCGAAUUUUUUCACCGUUAAUUUUUUACACAUUUUAUAAUUUCGGCCAAAAACUUCUGAAGGAAUUCUUUGUAAAGAGACGAUGAUGAAUUUUUUGACUUGAUAGCAGGUCUAAUUUUCACUAACAUGAAUUCUCCCAAUUUACGUUUUUUUUUUGAUUUUGCCGCAUCAAAUCCUUAUCGAAAUGUUCCUACACAAGCCAUCUUCUCGCCUAAGUAAUCGCUUGCGCUAAGCCUCCUGGCUUCUGACACUCUAAGCUUUUCCCGCCAACGAUUCCACGGCUCCUUAUUGCUUCCGAGCGGCCCCUUGGGUGCCGUUCUUCAAUGAUAAUAUCGAUGUCUUGCUCAAGAGUUGCUUUUUCGGCGACAAGGUGUUUGAAAUGUGUCUUUCUCGGCUCUUAUGUUAUCUCAUGCAAGUUUUCCUUAAAGUUAAUGCAAAUUUUCUUCCGUACUUUUGUUUCUAAAACUUUCUUUCGGCUUGUGAAUUAUAUAGUUGAAAUUCUAGUCUUUUUCCCUGAUUUUCAAACGAACUUCGCAAUUCAUUCAUAAUGGUUCAUUUGCUUAGUUCACAGAAGCGCUCAGCUUAGAAACAGUAGCUCGGAUGUUUUGAAAUGCUUUUUGACUCUUCUCAUCGAGAAAGUAUUUUUGAAUUUCUUUGAUUUUCUCCUUCGAUGAACCAGUUGCACCAGUGUCUUUUCGCUCUUAUAUCUCAGUCUUUGAUUUCAGGGGAUAUGAGCGAGUUCAAGUAUGAGAUCGGAGAGCCGAUCUCAGCUCAGCCGGGAAUGUACCAGACGGCGUGUCCGGUGAUCCUCGACUGCGAACAGACGAUGGCCGACGUCCUUCCGGAGACGGCGGAACUUGGCGCCGGAUCUGCCGACGACAACGUACGUCAUGGGUUUUUUUCCUGAAAAAUCACUGAUUUGUUAUCUCUUAAUCGAUCGGAGAUUUUCGCGUGCAUCUCUUUGGGGGACAGGAGUGUUUAAUGACCCAAAGGCAGGGCUCAUAAAUCUUCGGCUCGAGUCUCCAGUUUUACUUCUGCUGACUAUCCUUCAGCCAUUUUUUUUUAUCGUACUACUAGUGUCAAAAGGAUAGUCUGUAAAAACUCUCUAAGAUGUGUAAAUGUUUUGAAGGUAAUGAAAUGAAUUCUCAUGUAUUGUAAAUCUUCUAUGCGUUUGGUUACUUAGAUACAUUAAUGGGGACAUAUUAACUUCUGAAAAAGUCAUUGAAAGCUUCCGGGGAUUUCUUUCGUAUUCGGGAAUGGGAAGAGAUUCAUUUUUUUCAAUGAGGUUGUAGAUAUGUACUUCUUUUUCGCCAUCAACGACUCACAGAAUUUGGUGACCUCGAGUCUACUCUGUAAAACUAUAAAGUCAAUUGGGCUUCAUAAAUCACAACUUUUAUUUCAUCAUUUCUGCCGUGACUUUUUCAAAACUACAUUGUUCAACUUUUCAAACCUUACACAAUGUAUAUUUGGACGAACCCGAAAUAGCCAUAGCUCAAGUUUGCGAGAUGGCGUGAAGAGUGGCGUUGGCAGCGAAAAACGAGAAAGACAAACGAGGCCAUUUGUCAAUAACAAAUUACUGUAGGCAGGCGCUCUUUAAACGAUUUUGAGAAAAAUGAACGACCAGGCUUGUUCCAGUCGAAAAAGUGUCUGGUCUUAUGCAAUGAACUGGGGGUGGAGCUUCUUAUCUCAUCUGAUAAGGAGCGAUCUUUGAUAAUCAUUUCAGUUCCUUUCUUUUUUGUUUUUCAGGUGUCUGUGUGUGAAAAAGCUCGGCUUCUCAUGACUUUUACUUUUUACCGCUUCCUUAACAUAACAACGAAAAUUAUAUACAUAUAUAUUAUAGUUUCGAAAAUUGACCGUUCGACCGACCGUUCGACCAAUAUUUUUUCAACAUGUCAUAAUAAAUGGUCAUUGGUCGAACGGUUGGAGUUUCAACAUUUCAACAUGUCACUUCAGAAUGACAUGUUGGUUUUUGACCGUUCGAAAUGUCACUCUGAAAAUGGUCGGUCAUUUUUCGAACGUUCGAAAUGUCACUUCGAAAUUGGUCGGUCAUUUUUCGAACGUUCGAAAUGUCACUUCGAAAAUGGUCGGUCAUUUUUCGAACGUUCGAAAUGUCACUCUGAAAAUGGUCGGUCAUUUUUCGAACGUUCGAAAUGUCACUUCGAAAAUGGUCGGUCAGUUUUUGACCGUUCGAAAUGUCACUCUCAAAAUGGUCGGUCAUUUUUUGACCGUUCAAAAUGUUACUCUUGAAUUGGUUGGUCAUUUUUCGACCGUUCGAAAUGCCUAUUCGAAAAUUUUCUCUUACGCUGGAAGUGAGGGCUCGUGCGCGAGACACAUUCCUUCUUACUGCGUUCCAGUCUUUCACGUGCAAACUUCAAGCCGUCAUAAUUUGACUACGAGGCAAAAAGCGAGAUAUUUUAUUUUUGAUUUGGAAUCAGCAUGCCUUAAAGUACACCCCUGCGAAGUUUCAUCAAAAAGUUCAACCGGGGGAUAAAAAAACAGUUUCCUUGUCAGAGUAACUAGGAGCUUAUUCAUUAUCACGAAGCACGCGGAGUUUUCUCAAAAAUUCCAUACUUUUUCGCAAACGUUGAUUCAAUUUAUUUCAUUUCAGACAUUUCAAACUUUUUUUCAGUCAAAUUUCGAUCGUUUGAAACGCCAUUUCAAAAAUUGGUCGUUCAUUUUUUUGACCGUUCAAAAAUGUCACUCUGAAAUUGGUCGGUCAUUUUUUGACCGUUCGAAAUGUCACUCUAAAAAUGGUCGGUCAUUUUUUGACCGUUCGAAAUGUCACUCUGAAAAUGGUCGGUCAUUUUUUGACCGUUCGAAAUGUCACUCUGAAAAUGGUCGGUCAUUUUUCGAACGUUCGAAAUGUCACUUCAAAAAUGGUCGGUCAUUUUUCGAACGUUCGAAAUGUCACUUCGAAAAUGGUCGGUCGGUUUCGUAAAUUUCAGAAAUUGGUCGGUCAAACGAACGGUCAGAAAAAUGACAUGUUAUAACCGUUCGAAAAACUGAACGGUCAUAUCAGUUGAACGGUCUAAUUGGUCGAACGGUCGAAUUUUAGAACACUAAUAUAUAUACUUUAGUAAAGUACUUUUUCUCAAAAAAAUUUCGCAAUAUUUUUCCGCCUCAUCGCUGGAGUAUUGCCAAAUAAUGCGCUGGGAAAAGAAUGAGUUAUUUUUUCCUUUUUCAAACUAGGUUGAAUUAAAAUUUAGUAAUAUUAAGAAAAAAGAAUGAAAGAGAUAGAAAACUACUUUUUUCUAUCACUUAUUGCAUUAUAGUUCAAUAGCAAAAAAAUCUGCAUCUAGUUAUUUUUGUUCUGAAAACAGUUAGGUUUUGGAAAGAUCCGUAGAGACUUAGUGAGUCAGUGAGAGACUCGAGAAUCCACUGUGGGAGGCACUCCAAAACGCUUAAGGGACAUGGGACUUUCUCUUGGAGCGAAAAACGUUGAAAAACGUACUUCAUAACACGGCUCAAAAUGUUUGAUGUUCAUUAUGUGAUAUAGUUGUCGACACUGUAUAAAAUCCAAGAUGAGUUUAUUUCUUCAAACUCUCAGAUCCAUCAUAGAGCCGCCAAAACCUUAUUCUAAAUUAAACUUUAAAUUAAACCGAAAGAAAAAUGUGAGAAUAUUGUUUAUUGAAACAUUUUUGCGUCUUCACGAAACUAGUUUCAGGUUUUCUCGCCGGUGAAGCCAGCCGCAUUCUACAACGCCACCAAUCCCGUCUACUAUGCAACGCCAAAAGAUUACCCAGCCAGUAAGUUAUUUUCAGCUUCCUUCGACCGUCUUUUUUGUUUUAUUUCCCAUGAACCUUUUCCCCACGACGAAAAAAUGUCGCGCGACCCAUUAUGACUGAGUCACGCCGUUCAAAAAAAAAAAGAUUCGCGCUCCGAUGGCUCUCAUUUUUUGUUGCGGUUCUUCACGUCCUUUUCCCCCGAACAACGUUCUCAGAAACAGAAUGCAGUCGCUUUGGAGUGAGUUUCAAACUGUCAGGGAAGGAAUCUUUCUAGCUCAAAUCAGCUUCAUUCUUGAUAGAUUUUCGGUCUUCGAUCUACUUGUCGGGAAAUUCAAGAAAGAAAAGCUUAUUUUUCAGUAACUUCUUCUCUUAUUAUUUCAGUUGCAAGCCUAACUCCGCUUCUGUAAGUGUAAAUCGGUUUUGCAGGCUACCAGACUGUGCUGUUCAACUACCCGUCGUACUCGCUGCCGUCGUCGGCCUCCGCCUGCACCAACAUGGACUCUUUCGGACAGACCAUGUCCAUGGAUCCCUCCGUUUUCGCAGGUCCUUUAUUUUGCCUCUCCUCGUCUAAUCUGACUCCUCGAUCGCUUUACGAACACACUGGGCAGUAAAACAGCGACAUAGACCGUUCCAUGUGUAUGGAAAUGUUCCAAAUUUGAAUCCAGUGGAAGAAGAUUAAAAAGAUCUGAGAAACUGACAUCGAUUGAUAUAUUUUACUGUUACAGUUUGAAUAGACUUUGAAAGAAUAUUUUCCAGCUACAUCCGUUACCGAACUUGACAAACUAAACCUCAAAAAAAGAAGUAAUAAAAAAAUCAUAAUCUUAUGAUGAAUAUAUUUUUGCUGCGUUUAGUUUAAUCAGUAGCACCUCAGCGGAAAUAUAGACCUAUUAUUAAAAAAAAAAGUUCGGUAAAGCCCUAACAGAUUAGCGGCUAGUCAAAGUCAAACAAAAAUAUAGAAGUUUGUUUAUUUUCAGGCCAGAAUGCCUCCUACCUGUACCCCAACAACUUUGGCUACGACUACUCGUUGACGAACUCGGUGCUGCCGCGGGUCGGCGGCAUGAACGGCAUGGCUCCGGUGACGGCGUGCACCUCUUCCGGCUCAUCGAGCAAUUCCUCGGCCAACUCCACCACCGCCAACUCCAACGGCCGCUGUAAGCCUCGAGCCUCCUCCAACACUGCAUGUUCGUGAUUGUACCUCGCAUGAUCGUCAUAUGGUCUCUGGAUUCCUGGUUUCCUCAAAAACACUGUUUUGAAAAGUUGGGCCGUGAAACGAAAAACUUUCAAUGGAAUUAAAUGGAAAUCUGCCAAUUUUUCAUAGAUGCUCUGUUUAGAAUUAUUUUUAUCCCCAAUUUUUAAAGCGGGUUCAUUCAUCUUUCAAUUGUGUAAUGGGAUUUUCGAUCAGUUCAAAAUAGCACUCGCUUUUCGAGUAACGAAUGAAUGCGAACAGUUAUCAAUGCGGAUGUAAUCACAGUGCCAUAAGAUGGAAGAAGUAUGUAGACAAUUGAGAAAAAAAAACGAUUUUCUGUAAAUGAGCCUAGCUAUCAUUUUCGCUCUAACCGGGGGAGAAUGAAAAUUAGGUAUAGUUUCUGCCAACAAACUGGCUCAUUUCUGAGCCAUAUUUUCAAAGGUUUUUUGGGUGACCAGGUCUCCUUUUUCAGUGUCAAAUUCAAAGCUUAAGGAUCGGUUUCAGUAGUUGCAGCGGAAGGCCGGGAAUGCGUCAAUUGCGGAGUCCAGAACACGCCGUUGUGGAGACGAGACGGCACCGGCCACUAUCUUUGCAACGCCUGCGGACUCUAUCACAAGAUGAACGGACAGAAUCGGCCGCUCGUCAAACCCAAAAAGCGGCAGGUACAGCUCUUUUUCUUUCCCUCUCUCGCAAAUUUGAUCCGGGAUAUUUUUACGAAAAAGGGGAAAGGCUUUUGUUUCUUCCUUGUUUUUCCUGAGUCGUUGACUACGGUAGCUCGUUUUCGCCUUCUUUCCGAAGGCAAGACCGGUUUUCCUCUGACGGCUACAGUACUACACAGUUCUCGCGUGAAUACGUGUUUUCACUGUGCUAAAAUCGACGGUUUGAAUGGAUAGUUGGUAUUUGGCAAAGUUAGCAGUUUUAAAAAGAGAACGAAGCUACAAUUUUUAUGGAAACAAGCCACGCCAUUUUAAUCUUUUGAGAAGCUUGUACGAGGAAGAAGCUUGAAAAAUGUUUUGAACGAACAUUGAGAAGCUUUUGAAGAUUCUGACUUGAUUUCUUAGAGUAUAGUCUGUUCAACACGUGAGCAUCAAUUAUCGAUGGCUCGGGAAAAAUAGGUUCUUUUUGAGUCCAAAAGUUUGCGAAUUUCGGAACUAUUAUAUGCAUCCAUACGUGUUGCGUUUUAAACGGAAAGACCAAAAAGUAGUUUUGAAAAGACAUUCAACAUUCAUAAUGAGUCUGAUAACGUUCUUUGGUAAGUCUUCCAUCUUCAUAUUUCUAAGUUUCUUCUUUACUCUCGAGUCUUCGCUGCUCUCUGUGCAGACCUGGAAACGUUCUUUCAACGGCGGUUGACAUUGAGCCCAAACGACAGCCAAGUUGAUAAGACUCGAAGCGUGAUUGAGUGCAAUGAGGCGCAAGUUGCGUCGGAUGAGUUAUUCGUCGCCGCCUCCGGGUUGACCUCCAAAUUGAGACAAGCGAUAUGAUCUCGCUUUGACCCUGCCAUCACCUCUUCGUCCUCUAUUUUCCAAACCUCCUUCCUUCGAUUUUUUUUCAAUCCAAAUAUUUUAAUUGAAGAAAAAAUCCAAAUCAGUUUUUGAAUGGGCGAAAACCACAAGAUGGAAGAGAGGCUGUAAAUCGCAUCUGAAAAACUCAAAAAAAAAGCUGUAAAAUAGACCUUUAUUGCGCUCAUUAAGACGUUUCUAUUGCUGUGAAGAAAUUUGGUCUUUGCACAUUCCUUGUGGAAGUUAUCGGCUCCAAAAGAAAGUUGCACUGCGAAUGUAUCGAGCGAACGAAGGAAUCUUCGAAAACGCUGCUUCGAAGCGUUUCGUUUUCGUCUUUUUCGUUCGCCUCCAGCUAAUAAUCUUAUUCUCUCACUUGUUUCAAUCAAUCCAGUCUGAAUGAUUGGCCUAGACAGCAUCAUAAAAAACAUUUGACCUUAUCAUUUUUUUUUAUAUUCAAAAGUUUUUCUUAUGAAUUAAUGCAUCCAAACAUGAGCAGCAUUCAAAAAGGUUUAGGAAAGUUUCAUAAAAAUUGAAAUUGCCCAGAAUCUGGAAUAAUUUUCGCCGAAACUCGCAACAAAAAAUCCCAACUUUAGUCAUCAUUGUGAUUAUUUCAAGCAGAACAUUUUUACAAACUUUUAUUCGAAAAAUGUUCAGAUAUAAUUGAAAAAUGAACCAUAUAUUUCACAAGACAAGAUCCACAGUUAUUCUUUGAACCUCGUCCAAUUUCCGUCUUUAGAGCCUUCGGAAAUCAGUUCUUUUGAUUGAUCCUUAUUUCUGAUUGUUAUCAUGAUCAUUUUGAUGGCAAAGAAAUUGCCGAAGAGUUUCCUCUCGCCGAAAAUCUUUGAGAAAAAGCUGAGAGCUUCAUUUCCGACUUUCCAUCUCGUUUAGAACAACCAUGAAACUUUUUUUUUAAAAUCGCUCUGGAUAAGCACUGUUUGAUAACUGGCCGAGCUUUUAUGCUUUGAAAAGUUAUUUUUUAUGGAAAAAAUUAUAUACACUUUUUUGAAUUGGUCGCGCUUCAAACAAGGACUGUUGAACAGGUGUGUGUGUGUGGCGCUGAGAAUUAAAAAGAAUGAAAAGAAGACGAAGAAGAAAAGGAGUGGUGGGUAUUCGCAGCAAGAUAAAAUCUCCGACACUUUUGGCUGCUCCGUCGCCGCCGCUUAGGUCUUCGACUUGGAGACGUCGCCGAAGACUUGACGACAUGGCCCGACCCAAUGUGUUUGCCAAUAAAUCAACGCGCCAAUGUCCAUGGGUGGACGGUAAAAACUGCGUUUUCCUCGUGUUUUGGAGAAUGUUCUCCCAAAAGGGGUUUCAAUAACGAAAGCCAGAACGUGCUAUAUAAAUCGAAAAAUGAACUCGAAGCUUGUAAAGCUGAACGUCAGUCUUACUAAAACCAAGCUAUUUUUCAAAUUUUUUUAUUGUAUCUUUUCAGAUGCUUUUUAUAAGGCCAUUUUACGUCAAGGUUAUGAAUUUUGUUGCAGAGUGCUCAAAAACGGACUGGAGUCGCCUGCGUCAAUUGUAAAACGAACACGACGACGUUGUGGCGGAGGAACGGGAGCGGCGAGCCUGUCUGCAAUGCCUGCGGCCUCUACUACAAGCUUCAUCAGGUCUGUUUGUGCUCGAUUAUUCUCUCGAGUCAAAGAGCCAGGACAGUUUUGGUAGGGAUGACGUAAGCGUCCGGUAUUGCGGUUGGUUUUCAAAAGCACCGCAUGUCGUUCCGGAUGACGUUUGUCUUGAGAUUGAGCCACCGAUAACAGCAAAACGAUCGGAAAAGCGAUCGCGCACGCUCAUUAACGCGUUUGAGAAGACGCAACAGGUGGCUUCGGCGAUACGUUAGCCUCCAUGUGAAACCAAACUGAGAAAUUUUUUGUUAAGAAUCAUCAAAAGUUCUUUCAAGUUCCUCAAGAAAAGUCAUCCUUGUCGAUAGACUGACAGGCAAGGUCACUUUAUCAGAAAUGAAAUAAAAUUUGAAUCGAAGAUUGCUGAAAUUUGAUCGAACUGUGGCUCAAAUGUGCAAGAUUUAAUAUCUUGAAAUUAUCGAUAUGCGAAACUGCAUAAUUUUCGAGAACGGCAACUUUAAAGAUCUAUUUCUAGGAAUUUACAGAAAUGCAAUUUCGAGGACGUCUGUUCUUGAAAAGAAGAAUUUUGAUUGUUUUUUUGUGUGAUCAUUGCCUACGACAUAAAAUUUUAAAGCCGAUUCUCCAAAAGGAAAUUCUAAAUUUUUUAAGACGUUGUUCUGCAGCUCAAAAUACACACCAUAGCAAGUAAUAACAGUUCUAUAGGACUCCGCGAUAGUUUGAGGGAAAAAAAAGUUGUGUUUUAGGUGGAGAGGCCGCUGACGAUGAAAAAGGAGGGGAUCCAGACGAGAAACCGCAAAGUCACGUCCAAAGGCAAGAAGUGCAAGACUCUCGGCGACGACGCCAACCUGAGCGGCGGCAGCACGAGUUCCUCCUCCAACGGCUCGUCCUGGAUGAAGGCGUCGCCGAUGCUCAUGCCGGCCUCCUACUCCUUCGGCCAGUCCUACUUCGCCUUUGCCCCUCACAACCAGUGA